AUGGACAUGGACGUGGACGUGGACUUGGACGUGGACAUGGACGUGGACGUGGACAUGGAGGAGGACAUGGACAUGGACGUGGACCACGUGGACGUGGACGUGGACGUGGACGUGGACGUGGACAUGGACGUGGAGGACGUGGACGUGGUCAUGGACGUGGACAUGGACAGGGACGUGGACGUGGACGUGGACAUGGACGUGGACGUGGACGUGGAGGUGGACGUGGAGGUGGACGUGGACAUGGACGUGGACAUGGACGUCGACGUGGACAUGGACGUCGACGUGGACAUGGACGUGGACGUGGACGUGGACGUGGACAUGGACGUGGACAUGGACGUGCACGUGGACAUGGACGUGGACGUGGACGUGGACAUGGACGUGGACAUGGACGUGGACGUGGACAUGGACGUGGACGUGGACAUGGACGUGGACGUGGACGUGGACUUGGACGUGGACGUGGACGUGGACGUGGACGUGGACGUGGACGUGGACGUGGACAUGGACGUGGACGUGGACGUGGACGUGGACGUGGAGGUGGACGUGGAGGUGGACAUGGACGUGGACGUGGACGUGGACGUCGACAUGGACGUGGACGUGGACGUGGACGUGGACAUGGACGUGGACAUGGACGUGGACGUGGACGUGGACGUGGACGUAGAAAUGGACGUGGACGUGGACGUGGAGGUGGACGUGGAUGUGGACGUGGAGGUGGACGUGGACAUGGACGUCGACAUGGACGUCGACAUGGACGUGGACGUGGACAUGGACAUGGACGUGGACAUGGACGUGGACGUGGACAUGGACGUGGACAUGGACGUGGACGUGGACCACGUGGACGUGGACGUGGACAUGGACGUGGACGUGGACGUGGACGUGGACGUGGACGUGGACACGGACGUGGAGGACGUGGACGUGGACAUGGACGUGGACGUGGACAGGGACAUGGACGUGGACGUGGACGUGGAGGUGGACGUGGAGGUGGACGUGGACGUGGACGUGGACGUGGACGUGGACUUGGACGUGGACGUGGACGUGGACGUGGACGUAGACAUGGACGUAGACAUGGACGUGGACGUGGACGUCGACGUGGACGUGGACAUGGACGUGGACGUGGACAGGGACGUGGACGUGGACAUGGACGUGGACGUGGACAUGGACGUGGACGUGGACGUGGAGGUGGACGUGGAGGUGGAGGUGGACAUGGACGUGGACAUGGACGUCGACAUGGACGUGGACGUGGACGUGGACGUGGACGUGGACGUGGACAUGGACGUGGACGUGGAGGUGGACGUGGAGGUGGACGUGGAGGUGGACGUGGACGUGGACGUGGAGGUGGACGUGGAGGUGGACGUGGAGGUGGACGUGGAGGUGGACGUCGACAUGGACGUCGACAUGGACGUGGACGUGGACGUGGACGUGGACGUGGACGUGGAGGUGGACGUGGACGUGGACGUGGGGGUGGAGGUGGACGUGGAGGUGGACGUGGACGUGGACGUGGACGUGGACGUGUUGGACGUGGACGUGGACGUGGACUUGGACGUGGACGUGGACAUGGACGUAGACCUGGACGUGGACGUGGACAUGGACGUGGACAUGGACGUGGACGUGGACAUGGACGUGGACGUGGAUGUUGACGUGGACGUGGACGUGGACCUGGACGUGGACGUGGACAUGGACGUGGACGUAGACGUGGACGUGGACAUGGACGUGGACGUAGACGUGGACGUGGACAUGGACGUGGACGUGGACAUGGACGUAGACGUGGACGUGGACGUGGAGGUGGACGUGGACGUGGACGUGGACGUGGACGUGGACGUGGACGAGGACGUGGAGGUGGACGUGGAGGUGGAGGUGGACGUGGAGGUGGACGUGGAGGUGGACGUGGAGGUGGACGUGGAGGUGGACGUGGAGGUGGACAUGGACGUGGACGUGGACGUGGACGUGGACGUGGACGUGGACGUGGACGUGGACGUGGACGUGGAGGUGGACGUGGAGGUGGACGUGGAGGUGGACGUGGAGGCGGAUGCAGAGAUCCCCUUGCAAGACUCCAUAGCGCGCCAAAUCUGUGCGUCCACUUCCAGCCUUUUGCCGUUGGACAGCGGAUGCGCAUGA